UACAAGAAAAUUUCAAUUCUUUCACAUCAAAAUCAGCUGUGAACAUCAGUAUGGCCGCUCAAAUAACUAAAAAAUAAAUUUGUUUUUGAAAAAUCAUACAAAAAAAUAGAACAGUGCAUUUUUCGUACUUACAUCGUGUAAACGUGUUUAGAAAUAGUGUCGGUGUUGAUGUUGACUAAAAGUGUUGCGUCAUGACAGAAACCUCUUACUGACAAACAAAUACAAUAAAAAUUGCGACUUGCAUAUUACAUUAGUUUGUAAUUUCUAUUUCGCUCGUGCGUCGUACUUGUCGCGAUUCGGCGAAGCCGAUGUUAUUAUUUGUGAGUCGUUAUCCCUCAGUAUAAUGAGUACUGUAAGAUUGAGUAUUGUGUCUGUUGGAAAAAUCGCGGCACGGAGAAAUUCGCAGCUGACAUCGAGCGGCGUCCAACAAUGCCGGUCGCUGAGACGCUCGUGUCCGCGCACAAUGUCUACGUGCGCGGUCCUCUGCAAGAGCCCCACGGAGCAGCCCCCCGGGCCUCCGCACCCGCCGCCGCCGAAGGAUGCCGUGAAUUCAGGCACAACAUCAGGGGGCAAGAAGUCAGGGUCGGGGAACGGCGUGCUCACAUGCCCCAAGUGCGGGGACCCGUGCACACAUGUGGAGACCUUCGUCAGCUCCACACGGUUCGUCAAGUGCGACAAGUGCCACCACUUCUUCGUGGUGCUCAGCGAGGUGGACACAAAGAAGAGCAUUAAAGACAAUGCCGAGAACAAGUCAGGAUUCUACAGAAAGCCUCCCCCGCCGCCUAAGAAGAUAUUCGAGUAUCUUAACAAACACGUGGUGGGACAGGAGUAUGCCAAGAAGGUACUCUCAGUAGCUGUGUACAACCACUACAAAAGGAUUUACAAUAAUGUCACCAACAGUCCUCCGAGCGAGGCGCAUCCAUUACAUCAUACACACAGAGAUCUCCUACACUUAAGCCACGGGAGCGGUGGCGGCGGUGGUGGUACAGAGGUGCUGGAGAGGCAGCAUCACGACCUCAAGCUUGACAAGAGCAACGUACUGUUAUUAGGACCCACCGGUUGCGGUAAAACACUUCUGGCACAGACGAUAGCGCAAUGUCUGGAUGUACCGUUCGCAAUAUGCGACUGUACAACGCUCACGCAAGCUGGCUACGUGGGCGAGGAUAUAGAGAGUGUUAUCGCCAAGUUGCUACAAGAUGCUAACUUCAAUGUGGAGCGCGCACAGACAGGCAUCGUGUUCCUAGACGAAGUGGACAAAAUAGGCGCCGUGCCUGGCAUACACCAACUGCGGGACGUCGGAGGCGAGGGGGUACAGCAAGGAAUGUUGAAAAUGCUGGAAGGUGCUGUAGUAUCAGUUCCAGAACGUAACUCGCGGAAACUGCGCGGUGAUGCUGUUCAAGUGGACACCACCAAUAUACUGUUCGUAGCUAGCGGCGCUUACAACGGACUGGACAGGCUGGUGCAGCGGCGCAGCAACGAGAAGUACCUCGGGUUCGGAGCGUGGGACGCGCGCGCCGGACGCCGCGCCGCCACGCAGGCCGCCGCCAACGACCAGUCGCCGCUCACCUCCGCCGCCGACGACAACCUCGAGCGCGACGCCUGGCUGCGGCAGGUGCAGGCGCGCGACCUCAUCGACUUCGGCAUGAUCCCGGUACGCGCCACCUCCACCACCUCCACCACCUCCACCACCUCCGCCACGCAGGCCGCCGCCAACGACCAGUCGCCGCUCACCUCCGCCGCCGACGACAACCUCGAGCGCGACGCCUGGCUGCGGCAGGUGCAGGCGCGCGACCUCAUCGACUUCGGCAUGAUCCCGGUACGUGCCGCCACCUCCACCACCUCCACCACCUCCACCACCUCCGCCACCUCCACCACGCAGGCCGCCGCCAACGACCAGUCGCCGCUCACCUCCGCCGCCGACGACAACCUCGAGCGCGACGCCUGGCUGCGGCAGGUGCAGGCGCGCGACCUCAUCGACUUCGGCAUGAUCCCGGUACGUGCCGCCACCUCCACCACCUCCACCACCUCCACCACCUCCGCCACCUCCACCACGCAGGCCGCCGCCAACGACCAGUCGCCGCUCACCUCCGCCGCCGACGACAACCUCGAGCGCGACGCCUGGCUGCGGCAGGUGCAGGCGCGCGACCUCAUCGACUUCGGCAUGAUCCCGGUACGUGCCGCCACCUCCACCACCUCCACCACCUCCACCACCUCCGCCACCUCCACCACGCAGGCCGCCGCCAACGACCAGUCGCCGCUCACCUCCGCCGCCGACGACAACCUCGAGCGCGACGCCUGGCUGCGGCAGGUGCAGGCGCGCGACCUCAUCGACUUCGGCAUGAUCCCGGUACGUGCCGCCACCUCCACCACCUCCACCACCUCCACCACCUCCGCCACCUCCACCACGCAGGCCGCCGCCAACGACCA